AUGGAUUCCGCAGCCCAAGCACGAUUUGACCUUAUCACCUCCAACCUGGCCGAGGUCCUUAAUCCGGAGAUCAUUGAGAAUAUCCUAAAGGAAGGACGGUCUCCCCGCGUUUACUGGGGAACCGCGACGACAGGGCGACCUCACAUCGGCUACUUUCUACCAGCAUUAAAGAUUGCCGACCUCCUCAAGGCUGGAUGCGAAGUGAAAGUCUUGUUGGCCGAUAUCCAUGGAUUUUUGGACAAUCUGAAAGCCCCCCUCGAGUUAGUCGACAACCGUGCGAUCUACUACCGAAAUGUCAUUACCGCUAUCCUCAAAUCCGUCGGCGUGAAUAUUGAGAAGCUUCAAUUCGUACUUGGCUCAUCGUACCAAAAGUCUCCCGCCUAUAUAAUGGAUGUCUACAAAAUGGCGUCUAUGGUCUCCGAAAGUUCCGCCAAAAAGGCUGGUGCCGAAGUAGUGAAACAAACCGGAAACGCACCUCUCUCUGGACUGUUGUAUCCGAUUCUCCAGGUCCUCGAUGAGCAGCACCUUGACGUUGAUGUACAGUUUGGCGGCGUUGACCAAAGAAAGCUCUUUGCGGCCGCAACAGAAUGGCUGCCUAAGCUCGGUUACCGGGUUCGAGCGCAUCUUAUGAACCCAAUGAUGGCUGGUUUAGGUGGCCAGAAAAUGAGUUCUAGUGACGGCGCAGACGCUAAGAUUGACCUCCUCGAUGAUGCUGCAACCAUUACGAAGAAGAUCAAAAAGGCGGAGUGUUUCCCUAAGGUGGUAGAAGAAAACGGGGUGAUUUCUAUCGUCGAGAACAUCCUUCUUCCUGCUGCUGUUUUGGAAGGCACUGGAGAGUUCCAGGUCGAGCGUCGGGACGCCGAGCCCUUGGUCUAUACCUCUAUCGCUCAGCUUAAAGAGGAUUACACUCAAGAUAUCUUGACCCCGCAAUUGCUUAAACCCGCCGUCUCAUCUGCUUUGGUCAAACUUAUGACCCCUAUCCAGGAAGCCUACAAUGCAUCGACUGAAUGGCAGGAGGUCACCUUGAAGGCUUACCCACCACCGGUUGUGCACAAGAAGGUGAAGAAGCCUAAGGACAGAGGCUCUCGCUUCCCCGGUGCGAAGCAAGAAGAUACAAAGGAAGCUGCGAAGCAAGAAGACGCUCCCUCGGAGCAGCUUGCGCAAACCAACAUCUAA